AUGCCAGUGGCAAAGUCAGGAGUGGAGGAGCAGAGAAGCCAGUGGCUGGAACCAGGCGGGCAGAAGCACCGCAGAGGGAAGGUCCAGGCUCGGCCGCAGGACAAAAGCCACACGCUCUUGCACAGGGCGGCACAGGUGCGCUCAAAAGCCGCCUUCUCCCAGUGUCCUUGUCUCCGAAGGAGACCCCUGUUUGUGAAAGUGUCUGAGGACGAGGGAGCAGAAGGCAUGGAUGGAGGGGGGAACCUCAGGCUGAAAGCUGCAAGGGGGCCACGGGGGGUGCAGCCAGGGCAUCCCGCUCAGAACGGAUCCUCAGGGCCCCAGGCGGUGCUGGGCGGGGGUCCAGCAGAGGUUCGGGGGCCCAGCCCUCACGGGCUGCUCCGGCCACUCCCCUGCUCUCAUUGGCAGCGCUUGGCGCCGGCUGCCCAGAAGCUGCCCCGGACUCGGAGGCUCUUUGUUCCCCCCUCCUCCCCCUCCCCCUCUCCCACCAGCCAGCCCCAGCCCCCUCCCAGCCCAGCGGCGGCAGCGGCCGGCAAGCUGUGCGUCCUGUACAAAGAAGCCGAGCUGCGCCUCAAGAGCAGCUCCAACACCACCGAGUGCGUCCCGGUGCCCAGCUCCGAGCACGUGGCCGAGAUCGUGGGCAGGCAAGGCUGCAAGAUCAAAGCUCUGAGGGCAAAGACCAACACUUACAUCAAGACUCCAGUGCGCGGUGAGGAGCCGGUCUUCAUGGUGACGGGACGGCGGGAAGAUGUCGCCAUGGCAAGAAGAGAAAUCAUUUCUGCAGCCGAGCACUUCUCCAUGAUCCGGGCCUCUCGGAACAAGGCUGGUGCCGCCUUUGGCAGUGCCCCCACCUUGCCGGGACAAGUCACCAUCCGGGUCCGGGUCCCCUAUCGUGUCGUUGGUUUGGUGGUGGGGCCCAAAGGAGCCACCAUCAAGCGGAUCCAGCAGCAGACCAACACCUACAUCAUCACACCCAGUCGGGACCGGGACCCCGUCUUUGAGAUCACAGGAGCACCGGGCAACGUGGAGCGAGCCCGCGAGGAGAUCGAAACCCACAUAGCCGUCCGGACAGGCAAGAUCCUUGAAUACAACAAUGAGAAUGACUUCCUGUCCAGCAGCCCUGACUCAAGCAUGGAGAGCCGCUACUCAGAGGCCUGGCGGGUCCACACGCCAGCCCCCGGCUGCAAGCCCCUCUCCACCUUCCGCCAGAACAGCCUGGGGUGCAUCGGCGACUGCUCUGUUGACCCCGCCUACGAGACGCCCCGGCUGAACGACCAAAACGAUUUCAAUUACAGUUACCUCUUUCCUAACUAUGGUGUCAACAAACAGGAUCUCUAUUAUGGGGUUCCGGAGUCUGGUGCUCCUUUGUGGGCUGGGCAGGAAAACACCAACCCUGUUUCCAUCCUCUUCUCCAAGCAGCAACGCUCUAGCAAUACAGGCACCAUUCAUCCCAAUUCAUCCCACCGUUCCCCGUCCUCAUCUAUCCAAGAGCCCCCCCUCUCCGGGCUUCCCAGAAGGUCUCAGGGGGAGCCCUUGCAAGGAUUUUCCAAACUGGGCGCUUCGGCCGCCGCCCGGACGGCCCUCUCCAGCAGCCGGGAGUGCAUGGUGUGCUUCGAGAGCGAGGUGACGGCUGCCCUGGUCCCAUGCGGCCACAACCUCUUCUGCAUGGAGUGCGCCGUGCGGAUCUGCGAGCGGACUGACCCCGAGUGCCCCGUGUGCCACGCCACAGCCACUCAGGCCAUUAGAAUAUUUUCUUAGAGAGACAACCGGCGGCACUUGGGGAGAUGGCGCGGUGGGACAGGGAGGGAGAGAGAAACUGCAGAAUGAAGCGCAUCUGAAGAACAAACAGACAAAUUAGAAAAAAGAAGAUUAAUUUAAAGAAGAAGAAAGAAAUUAUUUUAGGAGCAAUGUAUGUUAUUUUUAAAGAAAUAAUGGUAAUGAUGAUAAGAUUAAAAUGGAGAAGCCAGAAAUAUUUGGGAAGGCCAUUGCUACACAAUAGUCUGCUGCACCGUUUUUAAACGGAAAGCUCUUCACACAUGCCAGAGAUUUUCAAGCGAUGCGGGAGGUGAUGUGGAGAUGUCCGGCGGGGCGAGCGGCUCCUGCCGGUCACGGCGAAAGGCACGAUCGGACAGGCCAUGGGGCCUCUGCGCAUCCCACAAGCCCGGCCCUGCUCUUGGUCUGAACGUGGUCUGAGGUGACAGGACUUCAACCUGCCUGGUGGACAAAAGCUCAGAAAGGCCUGAAAUCAGAAGGGUAAACAGGAAAGGAUGGCGAGAGAGGAAACAUCCGCCUCUGGGAAUCUGUUCGUAGGAGGGCACAACUGUAUUACCUCAAACAUUUAAAAAGAAAAAGAAGCAGCUAAAUACCUUUAUAUUCUUUUUCCUCUAUUUUUUUCCUAAGAAAAAAUAAAUAAAAUGAAAUAAAUACUAUCAGAGCCAGUGAAGUGGGGAGAAGGGGGUUGACAAACCCUUUAGGAAAAUCCUCCUGGCCACUUUUGAAUUUUCAUUUUGAGUCUUCUGAGCAACCGCAGCGGUUUUUUGAACUUUUCUUUUUCUAUUUGAGCAGGGAUUCAUCUAAUAAGAAUCAGGAGUCACUAACAGGGUAUUUCUAAAACAAAAUCAGCCCCUCCCACACUCACACCCAAACCAACCCUUCCAGUUUCCCAUGGAAGGGGGGAUAGCGAAGGUUGGCCUCCGUGUUUCGGCAUUUCGCUCCGCGUGCAGUUCCAUGCAACGCCAAGGUAUAUGCACACACACAAACAGCGGAACCGUUUUCUUUCUUUCUCUUUUGAUUUUAACAACAAGAACAACAACUUCACAGCAAAACCUAAGAAAGACGAUCAUGCAAUACCGGCAACAUGGCCCACUUAAAAACAACCUACAACCUGACAGAAAGCAAAAAAAUAAAAAUAAAAAAAAAUUACAAAUUAACAUGUUUAUAUAUAAUUUUGUCGUCUUUUUAAACUGGACCAAAACUUUUGUUACUCAAAAUCAAGUAAAGAGAUAAAAAGAAUAUUUCCUUAUGGACCAAAACCUCUUUUCACUUGUCCUCAUCUGGAUCUUCCUGAGGUUGCCUAGUUUUAUAUAUUCUAUUUUUUUCAGAAUGAAGCAGACACAUGCUCAAAAAAGGGAAAAAAAGAAAUAAUAAUAUUGAAUUGCCUUGUUGAACAUCUUUAAUCAUUUCAAGACAUUUGACUCCUGCUUUUGUUACAUCAGAUACUUUGACAAACUGCUGGGAGUUGGAGAGGCGAGCGCUUGACGUCGCCCCCGUGCCAGUUCGUGUCCCAGCAACCGAAAGUAGGCAGGUUUGUUCAACUUGCUACCUGGAUGCCAAAUUGUCAAGAUUGAAAGGGGUGGAUCAAAACACUACGUCGCUGCGCACGUGUGUGCAUGUGUGUGCACAUGCAUGCGCACGUACAGGCGUGCAUACGCAGGCACAC